CACAGUCCGCCACCUGCUCUUCCGCUUCACCCAGCAUGAAGACCUCUGCCGCUGCCUUCGCUAUGCUCCUGGUCCUGGCCUGCUUCUGCCUGGCCGUCACGAGUCCCCUCGGUGUCGGCAAUGCUCCCUGCUGCAACGCGCACACCAGCAAGAGAAUUCCAGCCCGCAUUGUGAAGAGCUUCUUCCACACCAGUGGAACCUGCCGCCUGCCUUCUAUAGUGUUUAUCCUCAAGAAUGGCAAACAGGCCUGCGCGAAUCCACGUGACCCGUGGGUCAUUGCUAUCAAGGAUCGCCUGGAACAGAUCUGAAUAUCCUGCGGCCUCCCCAUCGCUCCACGAGAAAACGCCAUCCCGAACCUCAGCAGCACAUGCCGUGGCUGCUCCACUGGCCUCGCGCUCUCUCCCCGCAAAUCCUGGCUGAGCCCUCCGGGCAGGCACCCCAGAGAGCCUCACCCUGAACGCAGCCGCCUGGAAGCUUCUCCUCAGACAGCGAGGGAAGGCGAGCGCUCCCCAGGCCACUGGCCCGAGGACGGCCUGCCCCCCUUCCCCGGCUGGAAAAACCCUCUUCCUCCACACCAUUUUCACGGCUCCAAGCGGCACUGGAAAGUGCUGCUUUCCACCACUCAGAUCUGAUGUUGAGUCCAAAUGGUCACGGCUGUGGGAAACAGCUGCUCACCAGGUGCAGAGUUUACAUUCGGUCUUGGCUUUCGGCCUUGGGAAUUUCCCCAGCGAUUUUCAAAAGUGGUGUGUGACCCUAAUGUUUGCCCUUGCAAGAUGGGGGGAAGCUGCAGUCCUCCAGCACCCCCUCCCCUCCCCUCCCCUCCCCUCCCCAGGUAGCUCUCAGGCCCGGACCAAGAAACCAAACAUCUCAUGCUGAGAUCCAGUGUUACUGCUAAAACCGUGUCCAUACCUUGUUUUCCCUCCACUUCUGAACUGACUGUUGUGUCUUUAUGUUUGUAUUUAUUUGCCGGGGCAUGAGGUAUUAUUUCAGGGUUUUUCUAUGUUUAUUUAUAGCUAAUAUUUACGAAGCCUGUUCACUAUUUAUAUGAGCCUCCCUUCCGUAUUUGUUUAUUUAUUUCAACAAUAAAGAUGCAACCUGCCUUA